GUAGUUGUCAAAGUGCUGUCAGGAGUAGUGAGUAGUGAGUAGUGAGUACUGUCAGAAAAGUCAGAGGAAAAGUCGAUUUUGUUGUUGUUGGUGUGAGUUGACAAUUUUAAUAAUUUUUUUAUGAGACUUAAAGUAAUUGUUAAAAAUGAGUGACCAGGAUGAAAAACUGCAACAGUUCAUUGCGAUAACGGGAUCAAAUUCAGAUAGAGCAAAAUUCUUUUUAGAGUCGGCAGCUUGGGAUGUUGAGAUUGCGAUGUCUCGUUAUUACGAAACAGAGGGUGACGAUUUAGGUGACGAUUCCCCUUCAAUAGUGGCGCCUGAAACACCAAGCCCUGUAGUUACCCCAAAUAGGCCCCAGCCAAAAAAGUCAUCAAAUUUUGCCACCAUUAACACCCUGACUACAUCAAGUGAUGAGGAAGAAGGCCAGGCAUACUAUGCUGGGGGUUCAGAACACAGCGGUCAGCAAGUCUUAGGCCCGCCAAAGAAAAAAGAUAUUGUAGCUGAUAUGUUCAAGUCCGUUCAGGAACAUGGUGUAGAGGUAUUGGAACCAGGUGCUGCGAGUUCAAGUGGUGGUCAAGCCUUUAAAGGAACAGGUUACAAAUUGGGACAAGAUAAUACUAGUUCUGAGGUAGUACCUGGAUUUCAAGAACCACCUAGACCUCAAGAAGUUACUCUUAGAUUAUGGCAAAAUGGCUUCAGUAUAGAUGAUGGGGCACUAAGAGAAUAUGGGGAUCCAUCCAAUAAAGACUUCUUGGAUAGUAUUAGAAGAGGAGAAAUACCACAAGAGUUGAGACAGGGUAAUACAGAAAUACAUUUAGCAAUGGAGGAUCAUAGAAUGGAACAGUACCAAAAACCAAAGACUAAAGUUAAGCCAUUUCAAGGACAAGGGUAUACUCUUGGUAGUCCAGCCCCUGCAGUAGUGGGAGCAUGCACAAAUGAAGAUAAAUCUGCAAAUGAAGCACGAGCUAAAGAAAUUUUAAAGAUGGACGCUACCAGACCAACCACAAGUUUACAAAUUCGCUUAGCUGAUGGUUCAAGAUUAGUAGGCCAGUUUAACCAGGAUCAUACUAUAGCACAAAUCAGACAAUACAUUACUGCUGCAAGACCCCAGUAUGAAAUGCAGACUUUCAAUUUACUUUCAACAUAUCCAUCAAAAAUUCUGGAUGACUCUCAAACUUUAAAGGAAGCAGGUCUUCUCAAUGCUGCUAUAAUGCAAAAACUAACUUAAAUUCCCAUUUAUAAUCCAAUUAUUUUGAGAGAAUGUUAAUGUAAUGUAUUGAAUAAAUAUAAUAUAAUUGUCUUUAGUUUAGCUGUUUAAAACUUUGUAUAAUCAGUUUGAAUUAAACUGCUUUGGUAUUGAUUA